UACGCAGCCCUGCGCCGAGGAUAUCGGAGAAACUCGCAGUCAUUCGCGCUGCAUUCAGCCUUUCUAUCAUCCGACUGACCGCUGCGUGACGGACGCACGCCAUUCAAAUCAACAUCACCGAGGCUCGCGCGGUGGUUAUUGAUUACUGGGGCGGCGCUGCGUUUAAUGGAUUAAAAUGUGAAUCUAUGAGUUACUUUGCAGCAAAGGCUGAUAUCUGACUGACAUCAUUCACCAGGCAGCUCUUGAACAGGAUUUUAAAGAUGGACUUCUGGGUUUUGCCAGUAUGUCGGAUCAGCUUGAUGUUGACACUGAUGUCAUCCACUGGUUGGGGAGUAGCGAGCCAGACGCAGAGUGCUUACUUCCUCCCUGAAUUUGCACUUUCUCCACAAGGAAGCUUUCUGGAAGACACAACAGGAGAGCAGUAUCUCACCUACCGCUAUGAUGACCAGUCCUCAAGAACGACCCGCUCGGAUGAGGAGAGGGACACCGGUUGGGACGCCUGGGGCGCAUGGAGUGACUGUUCUCGCACCUGUGGAGGCGGAGCCUCGUAUUCUCUACGCAGGUGUCUCAACGGAGGGAACUGUGAGGGCAGGAACAUCCGCUACAGAACAUGCAGCAAUACAGACUGUCCUCCAGAGUCAGGUGACUUCAGGGCUCAACAAUGCUCCGCCCACAAUGACAUCAAGUACCAAGGACAAACCUACGAGUGGAUACCUGUGACGUACGACCCUAUUUCACCCUGUGCCCUCCGAUGUCAAGCCCGGGGGAAAAGCCUGGUGGUGGAACUGGCGCCCAAAGUGUUGGAUGGCACUCGGUGCAAAGCGGAUUCUCUGGAUAUAUGCAUCAGUGGGAUUUGUCAGGAAGUUGGCUGUGACAGACAACUGGGAAGCAACGCUAAAGAGGACAACUGUGGCGUUUGUGCUGGAGAUGGUUCCACUUGUCGACUGGUCCGAGGACAGGCUCUGCCUCACGUGUCACCUGAAGAACCCAUAAAAACGGUGAUCGAAGUGCCGAUGGGUAGCAGAGGCCUCAGAAUCACAGCCAAGGGACCAGACAUGAUUGUGAUUGAAGCUCAUGCACCAAACAGCAGGAGAGAAGAGGUGGUGUUCAGCUCUUCAGGUUCUCACGCUCUGGGUAACAACACGGUGGAGUACCAGAGAGGAGCAGACAGACAGAUCCUCCGCUGCUACGGACCGCUGUCUGCAGACUUCACUAUAAAGGUGAAGUACGCCGGCCCUAAAGACACAGUGAUGCAGUUCAUGUUUUACCAGCCCAUCCGCUACCAGUGGAGGGAAACUGACUUCUUCCCCUGCUCUGUCACCUGUGGAGGGGGUUAUCAGCUGAAUUCGGCUGAUUGCAUGGACAUUCGUUACAACAAAUCGGUUGCGGAGCACCUUUGCCACAGCUUCCCAGAGAACACCAAACCCACACCCAAGCUCAAGGAGUGCAACAUGGAUCCCUGCCUCGAAAGUGAUGGCUUCAAGGAAGUGAUGCCCUACGACCAGUACCAGCCUCUACCACGGUGGGAGCAGAACCCGUGGACGUUGUGUUCGGUGUCGUGUGGAGGAGGCUCUCAGGAGAGAAGCGUGGUGUGUGUCGAGGAGGACGUCCACGGGCAGAUCGUGCAGGUGGAGGACUGGAAGUGCGCACACUCCCCUCGACCAAUCAGCAAACAGAGCUGCAACACCUUUGAGUGUCCGCAGUGGAUGGCCAUGGAAUGGUCUCAGUGCACGGUCACCUGCGGCCCAGGUUUGCGGUACAGAGUGGUGCUGUGUGUGGAUCACAGUGGUCAACAUACUGGCGGCUGCAGUCCUCACCUCAAACCCCAUAUCAAAGAGGACUGCCUGGUCCCUGUCGCCUGCCACAAACCACGAGAGAAUCAACCUGUUGAAGCCAAGCUGCCCUGGUUGAAACAGGCUCAAGAGCUGGAAGAAACCAAAGUAGCCUUGGAAGAUCCAACGUUCAUCCCGGGUCCGUGGUCAUCCUGCAGUGUGUCUUGUGGUCUGGGCGUUCAAAGGCGUCAGGUGAAAUGUAAAGUGCUGCUGUCUUUCACUCAAGCUGAAGUCGAACUACCUGAUGAAGAGUGUGACGAGGACAAGCCUCCCUUACAAAGGACCUGUGAUUUAGGUCCCUGUUUAACAUCUCCAGACUCAUCCUGGAGGCCCCUGAGGGCCCAUGAGAUCCCUGAUCAGCACGGCUAUGUUUGGGAAAACAUGGGCUUCACUCCCUGCUCUGCUUCAUGUGCUGUUGGCAAACAGAUGGCUGUUGUCAGGUGUGUGAGCACCUUGAAAAAGGAAAUUGUUGAUGACACACUCUGCAACGUCUCCAAAGCGCUGCUCUCCUUGCUUCGCAUCUGUAACCCUCAGCCAUGUCCUCCGAGAUGGGAGGUGAGCGUGUGGAACCCGUGUUCUGUGUCGUGUGGUGUGGGGCUGCAGACGCGCAGUGUGUCCUGUGUGAGGUCUGUGGUGGGAAACUGCACUGAAUCUGUGUCCAGCAUAGAGUGUGUGGAGAGAAGACCUCCAGAACUGCAGGCCUGCAACCAGGUGGCCUGUCCACCGGCCUGGGAGGCUGAGGAGUGGCAGCAGUGCUCUCAUUCGUGUGGCAGAGGCACUCAGUGGCGUAAGGUUUACUGUAAACAGAGACUGGCUUCUGGAAGCUAUCGCAGGCUGAGCGACGAGGAGUGCGCUGGAACCAAACCUGACGCCCACAGGAUUUGCAUCAACCCUGACUGUCUGCUGCCGCGUCUGGAAGGAGGAGAGUGGUCAAAGUGUUCUGUGACGUGUGGAAAAGGCAUUCAGCGGAGGGAACCCGUGUGUAGGAGACAGACGGCCUCCGGUCAGCUGGUCACUCUGGACAGGUCGGCCUGCAGUGACCUUCCUCUUCCUCCUCUGAUCAGGAGCUGCCGUAUGAGCCCAUGCAACAAGCACAAGCACUCCAAAAAACGUUGCCCUCAGGUCAAGGGCCUGAAACGCAUCUACAUCCAGACCAGACAAGAAAAACGCCUCAGUUUUACCAUCGGAGGACGAGCCUACCUUCUUCCCAAGACCUCCGUCGUUAUCAAGUGUCCCGUUCGGCAUUUCCCUAAAGCUCAGGUCCGCUGGGAGAAGGAUGGGAGUGAUCUGACCAGCUCCAAACGUCUGAGCAUCACCAGAUCUGGAGCUUUGAGGAUCUACAACCUGGAGGCUGAAGAUAUCGGACUGUACCGCUGCUGUGCCAACCAAGAUUCGGACAUCUUCAUCCUGAAGCUGAUCGGAUACAAUAGUAGGCUCCUGGAACAUCCUGAAGGAAAGAGUUUGGGAAGUAGGAGCUUUCAUCCAUACCUCAAUAAAGAAGGAGGUUACGUUGGUUCAAAGUGCCAUGAGGGGUUUCCACCUGGAAAGAAGGCUCCAAAAUCUCCCCCAAGCUGGAUGCAAAAAAACGAGUUCUACCGAGACGACGAUGGCCAGCCUAAGGAACUCUGGGAUACUCUUGCUUUAGGAAACUACGCUUUGGCUUCAGCCGCCAGGAGCCACGCGGGAGCCUUUGUCCUUGAUCCUGCACAGUUCGAGGAGCUCGUGAAGAACAUCAGUCAGCUGGCCGAGAGCGGAGAUGUGACGGAUGAAAUGGCGUUGCACCUGAUUGGGAAACUUAUGGAGGAUUUGGCUGCCGCGGGGCAAGGGGCACAAACUGAGGAAAGCACUACGAUGGGCAAUCAUUUAGAUAAGACACCAAACACUUCUGAACGUUCUGAGGGAAAGAUGCCGAAAAAAGGCAGUCGAGCGGUUAUCGUUCGACAAAAGCAUCACGGAUCUGCCAUGAGCUUCCAGAGGGAUCUCCGGAUCCAUGUGGGCAGGACCGCUUACCUAACCAAUGCUACCCACAGCCUCACGCUGAUGUGUCCCACUCAGGGAUUGCCACCUCCAAACCUCUCCUGGAGCAAAGAUGGAGCUCCGCUUCAGAACAGCGAUAGGGUAUCGUGGGACAGCGAGGGAGAAGUACACAUCCUCAGCCCCGGCGCCAGUGAUGUGGGAAUCUACAGAUGCACCGCCACCAAUGACUUGGGCUCUGAUUCAGAGACAACACUAGUUCUGCUGGCUGAAACUCCCACGAUCGCUGCCUCGCGGAGAAACACGUCAGAUGUGAAGAGCAGCAGUCUGAAGGUGGUGGUUGGAGGGGUUAUCAGUGUCCGUUUGGGUGCCAACCUCACCCUCGAGUGCCCCAUUAAAGGUGUCCCGCGGCCAACGCUGAGCUGGCACCGCAAGGAGGGUCCGCUGGGCACCAGCGCUAGUCCUCUCCCGGACGGAUCUCUGCUCCUGAGAAACCUCACACCGCCAGACUACGGCACCUACUCCUGCGUGGCUGCCAACAGCAUUGGAAAGUCGGUGGCCUCCAGCCUGCUGCGUGUGGCGGGAGGAGCUGUGGGUGAAUCUGAGCACCAGGUUUCAAAGGAGAUGAAUAGGAAGAGGGUUCUGAUGGCCUCUGUGAUCGGCACCAGCGUCACAGUCAAACCUGGAGAUACCUUGAGGAUAGAGUUUGAGUGGCGUUUGGGCGAGUGGAGCACAUGCAGCACUUCCUGUGGCAACAGAGGGACUCAGAUGAGGAAGGUACAAUGUUUGACGUCAGAGGGCCAAGAGAUGCCUCAUUCAGUCUGUCAUCAUCUUCCCAAACCGAUCAGUCAACCACGGCCGUGCAACCUUCUGGACUGUGCUCCCAGUUGGGUGUCAACAGUGUGGUCCAGAUGCUCCAGUUCCUGUGGGCGGGGCUUCAGAGAGAGGCGGGUCUCCUGUCAGCAGGUUGAGGCCUCGGGGAGUGUGAGGGUUUUGUCCAGCUCAGCGUGUGAAGGAUCUCGUCGGCCUGAAGACAGGGAAGAGUGCAGCUCACACGCGUGUGUGGAGUGGCUCACCGGCUCCUGGGGCAAGUGCACAGGUCGAUGUCUGGGGCCUGCGGUGGCCACGCAGAGCAGAAGCGUCUCGUGCAGACACUUCAGCAACUCCACGUCCAAAACCUGCGACCCAAAAGAAAGGCCAUCAUCCGUGAGGAACUGCUCGUCUGAGAUGUGUGAUGUGCACUGGAAGGUGUUCCCGUGGAGGACGUGUACAGCGGCAUGUGGCAGCGGCUUCCAGUCCCGUCGAGUGGAAUGCAUCCAUCAGCAGAACAAGAAAACCCUCCCCGACCAGCACUGCGCCUGGCAACGGCGGCCUUCUACCUGGCAACACUGCAACAUCACUUCCUGUGGCAGUGAGUGUAAGGACAGAACCCACUACUGUCCUGUGGUCAAACGCCUCAAGCUUUGCACCGUGGAUCUGUACCGGCAACGCUGUUGCCAGACCUGCUCACAGGACACCAGCGCCACCUAGUGACCCAAACCAACAGACGCCCUUUUCAGUCACCGCCCUGAUUGUCUCUCGUAACACAGCAUAUUGUUCAAUCGUACAAACAAAAAGGACACCUGGAGUGUAUGGACUAAAAGAUAUCUGGACUACACUUUUACUGGAUGCUUUCCCACAAUCAUCAGAAGUCCAAAGAGAAAAUCACUUGAUGAGAUUUGAAACUUCUCUCUUCACCAGCUUUCUCUGCAGAUCUCAUUUUAUCUUGCCCUGAAAGUGGUAUUAUAUGUGUAUUAAUUUAAGAUUUUUACUUGUGAAUAUGAGAGGACAAAUCUUAUCGGACCAUUCACCAACGUGAAGGAAAUAUAAAGGCCUCUUGGGUGUACAUGAUGCACUGGUACUAAUAAUAUCAGUAGUACACAGCUUGGAGUAUUAAGAGUAUUUUUAUUUUUUUGUCAGAGUCCUACCUUGAAGUCAACAUGAAAUGCUGUCACAACCCAUUUUACUUCUCUAAUCUGAUUACUUCAGAGGCAAACAGGACAUUCAACAAGAAAAAUGUGGGGUGGGGCUUAUUGUAUUUAUAAGGAUUUGAUUGGCUCGUACAUGGAGUCAGGUGGUCAGAGGGGAGGAGUUAGAGGAGUCAGAAGGAUUUGUGAUGCCAGCCGAAAAGGGAAAUCGUUUCAGAGGGAAGCAAGUUUUAUGGAAGUUUAUUUCCACCACGGAAUGAAA